AGUUUAAAAUAAAGAAUGAAGAGAAGGGGCGGUAUAAAAGAUCAAUGUGAAACGUGUAUUAAUUAAGUUUAGGGUUUUUUUUUUUUUUUUUUUUUUUUUUAAGUUUUUCAAAUGAAAAUAGUAGAAGACGAGAUGCUUCCCAUAGAUUCCAUAAGAUUAUAGAAGAUCACUUUGGUGGUUGGAACCAUUUACUUUGCCACAUAACUUAAAAUUAGUUAGCUACUAACUGCAAACACACCUCUCGUCAUUAACUCAAAGUCAUCUUAGUUUUUUAUGUGACAGACUAGUUAACCUAUAAGCGAUAUAUAAUCUCAAACAAUCAUUUAUCACCGCAGAGACAUCCCUCACCAUUACCUGAGCUUUUGACACCAAAUUCCAAAAACCUCCAAAAAUUAUCUAAUUUUAUGUAUUAUAGUCUUUAUUACAACCUCCAGGAAAACAUUUUCAAAUUGAACAAGGUUAGACAUUGAGCUAUUUGACUAUUUCUCAUGCUUCUCAAAGGAUCCCAUACUUAUUUUGGUGGCUGAAACUAUCCCACUUCAUAUGUAUGUUGUCCUAUCUCUCAAAGUUGAGUUCAAUUAGUAAGUUCAAAUAAUAUAAUUGGGCCGAAUUGGGCCGACACAACAGCCCAUUUCACUAUUACCCAAAAAAAAAAAAAACCCAACACCCCCUGUUAUUCAACUCAGAUCCCACCAUCAAAAACCUCCUCACAAAGUCACGAUGGAAACCUCCGACGCACAAAUCACCACCACUACCGCCGCCGCCGACGGCGUCGCCGACACUAAAACCUCCGAUAAUCUAAUCACCGACGAAAUCAACUCACUCCACGAACUCGCACUUCGAGGAUCAUGGAAAACAAUCCUCGAAAAAGUAUCAGCAGCAAGAUCAUUCUCUCAACUCCGAUACCCUCACGAACACCUCGUCUACCUCGCCUUCAACGCCGUCGCACUUUCCAAACUCCGUCGCUACUCCGACGCAUUGGACGACAUUGAAUCUUCCCUCGAAAAUCUCGACAAUUCUUCUUACCGUUACGAAUCAUACCCGAAUGUUUACCCGAAUCGAACCGGGUCGAUGAUUCCCUUUUCUCUUCGAUGGCUUCAAGCUCUUCUCCCUUCUUUUCUGGGUCGUCGGGCCGAUUCUCUGGACCGGUUGUAUCUUCUUCUGCAAUUUGUUCGAGCUCGCAUUGAUGAGGGUUGUAAUGGGGAGGUUUGGAGGAGGAGAGAGAAUUUCGUUUUGUCGACGAUUAUUAGUCAACAUUCGAAUCAAAAGGAAUUUGGGGUUUGUUUUUCUUUGGUUAAAGAGAUGUUGAAGAAAGAUAUGGGUAAUUUGUCGUUGAUUUCGAAAUUAGGGUAUGUGCAGUUGCAAUUUGGGGAUUUGGAAGGUGCGAAAUUGUCGUUUCAGAAGGUUGAGGAUUUGAUGAAGGAGAAAGAAGAGAAUUUGAGUGUUGAAGUUCAGAAUUUGGUGGGGAGAAAUAAGGCGUUGAUUUAUAUGGUUGGGAAAGAUUAUGUUUCAGCAGUGAGGGAGUAUGAUGAAUGUAUUGAAAGAGAUGGUUCCGAUGUUGUUGCGAUCAAUAAUAAGGCUUUGUGUUUGAUGUAUUUGAGGGAUUUAUCGGAUUCGAUUAAGGUUUUGGAGAAUUCGCUUGAGAGGGUUCCUACUGUGGCACUUAAUGAAACUUUGAUUGUUAAUCUUUGUUCUAUGUAUGAAUUGGCUUAUGUUAAUCACACUGAUAUUAAGAAGACUCUUAGUAAUUGGAUUGCUCGGCUCGCUCCUGAUGAUUUUGAUCCGUCUUGUACCCGGAUUUGAGGUUUUGAUCAAUAUGGAGUGACAGAAUUGAUGAAGAUCUCUUUCGUAGCCCAAGAGCUCAGAUGUGUUUCAUACACGACGUCAAUUUUCCCACCUCUGAUGGUCUACUGGUAACCAUUGCUCUUUUAACCCGGUAACAAGAGUGCCAUGCUGGAAUUAUAGUUUUGCUUGAUUUGUGGAAGUAUAGCUGUAACAAGCAUAUAAAGGCUCAAGAAAGAAAUAAGCUGUACAGGGUUGUGUAGUUUCAUGUGCUGCAUCUAAGUAUCUGAAUUCGAGCUCUGUAGUUCAAUACUUCAAUUGAUGUAGGCCUGUAACCUGUAAGGGUGUUUUAUACGGUUUAAUUUACUCUCUUUUUACUCUUUUUUAAUUUUUUGGAAAAUUGUGUUUUGCUCAACUAUUUGUUAUAGACUACGCGGAGAACAUCAGGCAGAGCUUUUGGGCUUGUUGUAUACCAGGUAUAUAGUUUUGAGUUAUAGUUUACAAUGUAAUUAAAUUUAUUUGUGCUCUUCAA